AUGGCCGCCAAAAACUGGCGGCAAGCUGAGCCUUCUGAUUGGUCGCUUUUGAUAAAGCCCACCAAUCAGAGACUAGGUUACACAGCAUGUUUGGUUGUACCACUUCCGGUGACAACUUCCGGUGCAGAAGACAGAAGAGGAAGACCCACACAGACAGAAGAAGACAGUGAAACGAGAGAAGAAGUAUUCCGAAAUGAGCCGUCUGUACGACAACCAGCCGCUACUCUCCAUCCCAGUACAGACCCACCAGCUCACGACUGCAUGGCAACCCGACAAACACCAAAAUUCAGGUACAUCGUGCUGCAUGUCCGCCCCAGCCGAGCUCAUCGCAGGAAGUUUGACCCCGAGGGGAGGGAAGUAGAACCAAACUUCAGCGACACUUGGAAGGUUAACACAGGCUACCUGCACUCAUCAUACAAAGUGGAAGCGAGAGGCCAGACCGACCGGCUGUCUGCAGCAGAGCUGGAGGUGGCGGUGACAUCAGCUGAGCUGAGCUGCCUGACACAACAGGUCCACAGAGACGGCUGUCUGCCCUUCUGGGUGGGGGAGGAGGAGCUGGUAGGGAUGGAGCUGAGCUCUGGGGACAACGUCAGGCUAAAGACCAGGGGAGAUGGACCCUUCAUAUAUAAUGUUGCCCAGCUGGACGGGGCGACAUCGCAGGUCUCCAACUUCGCUGGGGGCGACAUGGUGGGGUCGUCGUGGACGGAGAAAGUCAUGGCCGUGAAGAGGGACCAGGAGGAAAGGAGGGAAGAAGAGAACCAGGGAGUGGAGGAGGAUGAAUGGGACGACUAGAGGGACCAACCACUCGAAAAGGGACCAGUGAUGAAUCAGGAGGGCAGAAUAUUUCACCUGCUUAUUGGCGAAUCUUAUUACUUGGAUAUCUAACCUUCAGUGAUUCAAACUUCAAGCUACUUGGCAUAUCUUGCCAGCUGCAGGUCUUAUCUUAGCUUUAUACAAUAUUAAAGAAAGACAACAUGAUGAGCUGUUGUUACUUCGGAUAUAAUUUAUCAUUAUACAUCAGACAUUGUCAAAUACUUACAAGGUGUCGAUAUCAUCUUCAUGAUUCAGUCUUGUAAUUUUCCUGUAUUCUCCACUGCUGGAGGCAUUACAUUAUAAUAUAUUCUUGCAGGGGUAGGUCUUUUUACUACUUAUUACUACAUGUAGACUAUAUUCAUCAUUUUCUCUCUGCUGUACAUAGGAAACAGCAAUACAUGUAGACACAUACAUGUACAUCUGUUACAACAAUGUUGCAUUUAAACCAAUGAGCUGAACUCUGUGCCGUAUUCAUAAAUAUACACCUUUACAGUAAUGUGUUGCAACUGUUACCCAUGUUACGGAUCCCAGCAGCAGUAAAAUCAAAUACAUGUACCAGAUACUACUGCUACUUCUCUAUUGUGCAAUAAAUCAUUCUUUCUUCAAGUCUUGUAUCCAUUGAUGCUACAUAGAUAUACAGACAGUUGACAUUAUUCAACCAGCUGCAGAUGGCAUGUGACACAGAAGGCAAUAAUUGUACCUCUAUCUAACUACAUGUACUUUGAUUGAUACAGAUACAUGUACAUAUAAGUACAAGUACCAUUGUUUUCUUGGUACCAUUACCGUUUCACAUCCACUGUUACAUACAAGUACAUACAGCUAGUAGUACUGCUAUAUCCUGAUACUUCCUACAAUUGAUAGGAAUGGACUCAAUAUACAUUACUUCUACAUUUACUCCAGUACAGCAACAUCUACACCUACAAGUACAUGUAGUGACAUCUUUGCCUACUGAGACAAGUAAUACAUAACAAUCCAACUGCACUUGGUUUACCCUCGAAGCAGAGGUUAGGCUCAGGCUGUUUUUGACGUCUUUUUAGGCAUUUUUGUCGAGCUUUCUAAUUUCA